GCUUUCAAUCUGGACACCCAGAGUGUGCUGCAGAGGAAUGGAGAUCCAGGAAGCCUGUUUGGAUUUUCUGUUGCCUUUCACCAGCAGCUGAACCCGGCCAGAAAGAACCUAUUGCUUGUCGGAGCACCACGGUCAAAACGCCACAACCAAGUGAAUGUUACAGGUGUUGUUUACCAGUGUGAUCUGACUACAGCAUCUGACCACUGUCGGCCCAUUGAGUUUAAUAACGAAGAGUUCCUUGAUAGUAAAAGCAUAAACAACCAGUGGAUGGGAGUUAGGGUGACGAGCCAAGGGCCUGGUAAAAAUGUAAUGACCUGUGCCCAUCGAUACCAGCAGUGGAGCCCGAGUCCGAGCCUUUAUGUCUCUCACUUGGUAACGGGUCAGUGUUACCUCUUAGGAGAUGACCUGCAGGUUGGGAAAGAAGAGAGGACGUGGAGGAGGGUAGUUUGUGACUCUGAGCACCUGACCAGACGUCAAAAGGACCAUGAGUGGUUUGCAUACUGCCAACAGGGUCAUGGAGCAUCUUUUGCAAAGGACAACACAUCUCUGAUAUUCGGAGCGCCAGGAGCGUACCAGUGGAAAGGAAUCGUACGAAUGGAGCGCUUGGACAACCAGGGCAUCAUCGGUGCCGAUGCUCGUGAGACUGGAGAUAUUGACAAGUUUAACUCAAGUCUCAUUCCUCUCCAAAGAACCAGCUACUUGGGAUUCUCCACUGACUCUGGUAUGGCCCUCAUCAGACCGGGUGAGCUAACCAUUGUAUCAGGAGCGCCCAGAGGAGGUUACAGCGGCCAGGUGACAUUUCUUAAGGCAGACCCUGUGGCACAGAGAAGUUUGUCUGUGGAGUUAGUCCUCUCCGGUCCGGGCCUGGCCUCCUCCUUUGGCUACGAUGUAGCAGUGGUGGAUCUCAAUGGUGAUGGGUGGGAGGACCUCGCUGUUGGAGCACCGGAGUUCUUUGUUAAAGAUGGUUUGGUUGGAGGAGCAGUCUACAUUUAUAUCAACAGUAAAGGAAAAAAUUGGGAAAAGAUUGUUCCAACUCAAGUUCUUGGACAUAAAGAUUCCAUGUUCGGCCUUGCAGUGGAAAACAUAGGAGACAUCAAUCAAGAUAGUUAUGGAGAUAUUGCUGUGGGGGCACCAUAUGAUGGUUCAGGUCGAGUAUACCUUUACUACGGCUCAUCAGAUGGAAUCAACAAAAAGCCUGCGCAGGUACUCUCAUCGGGAUCCAAUAAAGUUACGCUGUUUGGAUAUUCUCUGUCUGGCAACUUGGAUGUGGAUAACAAUCAGUACCCGGAUCUGGCUGUUGGAUCUCUGUCUGAUUCCGUCUUUGUUUAUAGAGCAAGACCAGUGGUCACUGUCAGCAGCUCUCUGAAGGUAACACCAACUGAUAUAGACAUCACAAAUGAACAAUGUGAUAAACGCACAUGUAACUUUGCAGCUCUGGCAUGCUUCACCUACAUAGCGCAUCCAGCAUCGUUCAACCCUAAACUGAUGAUUGACUUCACUUUUGAGGCUGAUGCUGAGAGGAGAAAAGUGAGGCUUCCUCCUAGAGUGGUUUUUCAGGGUUCUUCUCAAGGAAGGCUAGAGCUGCCUGGACAGAAGAGACAAAUCUGUACUGGCGCCCAAUUCCAACUUCUGCGUGAUAUCAAGGACAGGCUGCACAGUAUUCCUGUCUCCGUCACUAUGUCUCUGUGGAACUCCAGUCAAACAACCAGAACGAGUGCAGAUCUGCCCGUCCUUACUCCUGUCCUCAACCUCUUCCAGCAAAAGAGCACCAAAUCAACGAUUAUCUUAAUAAACAAGGGCUGUGGCAGGGACAACGUUUGCCAAAGUAACCUAGAGUUGCAGUACAAGUUCUGCUCGAGAAAAACGCAAAAUAAUCAAGAUGUUUUCGAAUCACUCGCCAGAGAGGAUGGUGUUGCAGUCAUCACUCCUUCUGAUGAAGGUAUAGCUUUAGAGAUCAGUGUGACUAACAGAAAUGGGGAUGACGCACACCAGAGUCGUUCAGUCAUCAGCCUCCCAGAUACUCUUCAUUACUCUUCUAUUGUCUACAGCAAAGCAUCGGAAACACAAGUGAGUUGUACAGCCAAUGAUAAAGGUACACUUAUAAACUGUGAACUGGGGAAUCCACUCCAAAGAGAUGCUGAAGUUACUUUUUAUGUCAUACUCUUAACAUCCGGCAUCUCACUGAGUACAAAAGACGUCAACGUCACCCUGCAACUUGAAACGACAAGUACACAGACCAUACAACCGGUUGAGGCUUUAGCAAAAGUGGUUUUUGAGCUGGAGCUGCAAGUAUAUGGACUAGCCAGGCCCUCUCAGGUGUCACUUGGCGAAAACUUGAGGGGUGAGAGCGCCAUAAAAUCAGUGAAUGAAAUUGGUACUCCGGUUCAAUAUGAAUUUAGGAUAACAAAUUUGGGCAGACCACUGAAAUCUUUCGCCAAUGCAUCACUAAACAUCAACUGGCCAAAGGAGAACUCUGUAGGAAAAUGGCUUCUGUACUUGACUCAGAUCAGUAGUAAAGGUGUACAGUCGGUCCACUGCUCACCUGUGAACGAGGUCAAUCCACUUAAACAUGCUAAGGGUUGGCGUGAGCCCUCGAGGAAAAGACGCGAAGCUGAACACAAGGCUCUCUCUACUGAUGGAUUCCCAUUUCUUCCAAAGAGAAGGAAAUACCAAACCUUUACCUGUUCAGAUGGACUGAAGUGUGUUCAGAUACGCUGCCCUCUGCUGGGAUUGGACAGUACUGCAGUAAUGGUUCUUAAUGCGCACCUCUGGAACACCACUUUUACAGAGGAUUACAGCUCUUUGAACUACCUAGACAUUGUUGUGGAUGCUACUCUCAGUUUAACAAACUUUCCAGAGAAUAUUGGACUUAAACCGGAAAAGCCUGGGACAAAGGUAAAACUGACAGUGUUCCUCGAGAGGAAGGCUGAAUAUUUCACCAAAGUUGCCUGGUGGAUAAUCUUCCUGACGGUCAUUGCAUUGCUCCUGUUGUUGGCAGUUCUCGGCUUCUUGUUGUGGAAGCGUGGAUGCAUCAACUGCCUCGCUCAGAACAAGAAGCCCUCCCAUGAUGGAGAUCCAAACACAGAGACUGCUCCUCUUAAAGGCUAAAAUGAAACCAGAGACCCUAGCGGUACGAGACACGUGCCGUGAACACAAGAUGUUAACCGUAUGAUUCUGGCUCAAAUAUACUAGUGCAGAAUUACAUGAUUUGUUGGGACAUCUUUGAGGCAGAGCCUUUUUUGUAUUUUUGGUGCAUGUUUUUGCUAUGUUAUAAAAAAUUAAAAAAACACAAUAUUUUGAUAUUUUUUUUAAUGAUGCAGAAAAUAUCACUUGUUUAAUACCAAAAAACUGUUACAACAUGAAAAAAGUUGUGCUAUACUUUGACCAUGACGGAAUGUGCGAGUGGUGGGGAUGGAUGAGGGGGUCGUACUACAGAACAAUUUACCUGAAAUAGAAUUGAAAUAUUGCAGCCACCACAUCCUAAUCUGACUGCUGAUCAUUAAAAAGCACAUAUGAUUACAA